AUGGAUUUUUUUCCCUUUUAUAGAAGCCAGCAACGGCCAAAGCCCUCUGUCGGAAAUUUUCGAAUCCCUGUCCGGCCUCAGGAGGAGGAGGCGAAGUCAGCGACCAGGAGUCAGAAGGUGGUUCAGAUCCCGGUCCAAUUUGUCGGGUCGGAAUCCGGCCCGGACUGCUCCAAGUCGGCAUCCAAAAUCCAGAAGGUCUUUAGGGGCUUUCUGGUGAGGAAAAGUAUGAGGAAGAUCAUGGCGAUUAAGAAGGAAGUGGAUGAGAUCGAAGCUAGGGUUUGGAGAAGUGAGGAGGUGGAGUUGCUGGAGAAGGACGGGAAGGAGAGGUUGAAGGUGAAUGAGAUGUUGAUGGCUCUGCUAUUCAGGUUGGAUUCAGUUCGCGGUGUGGAUUCUGGGGUUAGGGAUUGUAGAAAGAGUGUGAUUAGGAAGGCAAUUGCGCUGCAAGAAAGAGUGGAUGCUAUUGCUGCUGCAGCUGCUGCUGCUUCUACGUCGGCUGAUGUUAAUUUAGUUGAACCUGAAUCUGAAACCCUCGCUGAGAAGGAUCAACAACCAGAAUAUCAGGUUCUUGAGAUCAAAGAUGAAGCUCCUCCUGCUGCUGCUGCAAGGAAUUCGGUAGAAAAAUUUGAUGGUUCUGAGGAUCAAAUUCCCCAAAAUUAUGGUAAUGUUCUUGAUUUUGGGAAUAAUGGGUCUGGUCAAGGCACAGAGGAAAGAAAUAAUGGAGGAGCAGAUGAGGAGCCAUUGUGUGAGGGGAAGAUUUCAGACGGCUUGAUAAAUGAUGAAGAAUCAGGGGCUCCGAAACGAGACAGAGAGGAUGAUGUUGGGGCCGAUUUAGAAAUGAUUGCUGAGGAAGGCAAUCGUGUUGAGGAUGUGGAGAAGGUGGAUGCUGGAAUUGAUUCAAAAAUGAAAGUGGAUGUAGAGGCCCGUCUUAACAAACUAAUGCCUCUUGAGAAUAUUAAAAACCAGAAUUGCUGUGAGGUCCAAGUUGUUGAUUCACCAAUGGAGGAUAAUGGAGAAGAUACCUGUGAAAGGACUCCUGCUUUGAGUGAAUGUGUGGAGGAAAGCCUGGAGACGAGGCAAAUGGAGGAUGUGAUCAGAGCCAAACAGGGGAAUGAAGGAAGAAAGUAUGGGGGAGGUGAUGACAAGAGGAACAGGGAACUGCUGGAGAUGAUGAUGGAGAAGAAUGAAAAAAUGAUGAAGUUGAUGACUCAACUCAAUGAGAGGAAUGAAGUGCAGAUGCGGAUGUUGAAUACAUUAACUCAGAGGGUGGAGAAGCUGGAGAAGGCAUUUGUUUGUGAUAUGAUCAAGAGGAAGAAGAAGAGGGCAUAA